GUUUGUCAUCAACGAGUCUAAAGAGGUUUGGCUCCACGAUGUCUACCGCAUCGUUCAUAUGGUUCCUGAUGGCGGCAAGCGGCACGUUAGCACUCAAGUGCUACUUCUGUACAGACUGCCGCCAAGAACUUCCGGCAGCUCCUGCCGAGUGCAGAACUCCUGCACACGACGCUUGUCUAAAAGGGGAGCAGGGAGACUUGGUCGAGAAGUCAUGUCUUCCAAAACAGUUCUGCCCUGGAGGCGAUAAGUUUCAUCGGAACAAAUACAGCAACAUGUCGGGUGCGACCAUCCACUGCUGCGACACCGACGGCUGCAACGGCGCAGGUCUUCCUGCUCCCGCCGCUCUGCUCCUGCUCACCGUUCCGCUCAUCGCCAGCGUCCUCCUGAGCAGAAAUUUUGGUAGAGAAAUCUCCACCCAAUCUAUCAUAUCCCCGCAGUUUCGGUAAAUUAGGUGUUUUUCCAUUAAUUAGAGUUUGUACGAGAAUUAUUAAAGCAAUGCAUUCUGAUUCAAUGAGUGGAAAUAGCUGCUUGUGCAAUCUUAUACUGCAGCUUACCACCACCUCUUAUGUAAUUCUAUGUCCCGCCAAUUGAAUCGAUUCAUUGGCUACAUGAUCUAAUGACUUUCAUAUAGCACUUGACUCGUGGCGAUAUGAAACUGCGCGUCGCAUGAUGCAGAGCGGCAUUACAUGUGUAGAGGGGCACUGACUAUAAUUAAUGUCAUGAACCCAGACUAUUUGACGGGGAGCUUGAGCUGGAUAGUUCAACAGUUAUACCUAAUCUAAAAUCGAAAUAUUUUUGGUUUAAUCAUGCAAGUUUUUAUCCGGAAAUAUUAAAUUAGCGGAUAAACCUCGGCCACAUUUUUAAAAUCUAGUAUAAGUUUUUCUUCACUGUACGAGAUUAAAUUAUUGUCAGCCUGGUGAUGCGACGAAAUCAAAUUGUUCCCACCCAUUAUCCUUAAAUUCACUUUAAAAAUUUGAAGUUUACCUAAGUCUGCUACUCCUUAAGCUUAAAUAAGUAGCAAUGUGCUUUACUUCAUGCUUAACUAUAUAGUAUGAUGAAUUUUCAUUCAAAAUGCUCGUUCGCCUCCGAAAGAAAAUCGGUUAAUAAUAGUUUUGUAUGUACGCGGAUCCCCGUAGCAAUAUAUGACUUUUGAAUGUCGAGAUUUACAGCAGUAUCUUUAGUUUAACACUGCGAGUGAAACGGAUUGAAAUCUGAGAAGAAUAUACCAUUGAUGCUACACUUCUCUGAUGUUUGUUGCCAGUUGAAAAGUGGUCUUUGUUUACUUUUAGCAGAAUAAAAGCGUGAACGAAGUAUCGGCAAAUGUUAGUGCAGUGUUUUCCGGAACCAUCCUCUUUAUGAUUUAGUUAGUACAAGUUAUUUAAAAAUGCCAGUGAUGCGGCCUUUCUGCUCACUGCUUAUAAUUUACCUUGCGGCCAGUAAACGAUGAAUAUAAAUAAUGUAAUUAAUCAAUGCAUUUCGAAUAUAGAUCAUUGACAGGAUCUCACGAAACAAAGUUAUCGAAAAAAAUCCGUUUGUGAUUAGUUAGAAAUGUUCUAAGACAUUUCCUAAACCUGAUGAAUGGCAAACUUACUGACGUUGGAAACUCUUUUAACGGGUAUAAGAUCCUUUCCCCAUUUCACGAUUCUUUAAAUUGAUAGUAAUUUAAAAGCAAAAAUACUGUUCCCAAGAAAGUGAAAGUUCAGAACGGAUUAAUUUUCUUGCAGUUGUUCCUUAUUAGAAAAAUUGAUUCAGUAGUCGACCAUUUCAGAACUCAGCUCUCCUCCUCCAUGAACGGACCGACCUCCUCUUCAGAGGUAGCACAGUCAAUAAACGUCUCCUCGAGUUUAUCUUGAUCGUUUAUGGUGAGAAAUGCUACCUUACUAACGCUCCAAGACCGAAUAAAAAAUCUGAAUAAAGUAUUUUCCUGUCGUAUUUUGAACAUUAAAUUCAACUAUCAAUCAAUUCAUGUGAAUAGUUCCCAGUAACUCUCAGUGUUUCGAAGUCUUAAAAAAACAGCUGUCUCCUCAUCCGGCCUCAUCAUACCAAGCAUGGCAUACCAUUGUGAUACCAAGCAUAUGGCUUGGUGAAAAUUGGUAAUUUUGCCUUUUACGUUUUCCUGGCUCAUUUUGUAGCUGCUAGUUUUUGCGUAAAGCAAUUUCAAAAAUAUA